AUGCCAAACCACACCCACUACUACAAAAUCCUCGAGACGGCGCCUCCAACACCCUUGCCGGAAACCCUCCCCACCACCGCCCUGGACGCCAAAGAUGGCUUCAUCCAUCUGUCAACAGCCCAACAGACUCCCAUCACCGCCAACCUCUUCUUCGGCAACUUCGACAAACUCUGGAUCUUGAAGUUGCGAGUCAAAGACCUCGAUGGAGAAGUGAGGUUUCCAGAGGAUCUGCCUGGAUGCCCGCAUGUUCACGACAGCAAGGUGGGACUUGGGAAGGGGAAUGUGGACAGUGUAAUUGUGGUUGAGAGGGCGAGAGGGGACGAUUGGAGGGAGGUUGCUGAAUUGAAGGCUCUGGAGGAUUAG